AUGUCUGAUAAGCCUGAGUCGAGGAGAAUGCAGCGCCACCAAGAACUUCCAAGGAACGCAAAAGCUGAAUUAGAGGCACUUCAAAAGCUUACACAAAAUCAAUGCACAUCGGCACCGAGACUGGUCAAUUAUUUGCAGUAUGAACAGGACGAAAAAAUGUGGGUUCCUGGGGGCUAUCUGUUCUUUAUUCUCAUGACCAGGUGUCCUGGUAAACCACUUGAGAACUUCCACAAGGAACCUCUUGCCAAGCGAAAUGAGAUUCGCAAGGCAUUCGAAGAUGCGGAAUAUCUGCGAUGCGGAGUGGUUAAUGCCGACAACAGCCACGACAACCUUCUCUGGGAUGAUGCGGCUAAGAAAUGUUACAUUGUGGAUUUCAAAUUCUGGACGACGCCGUCACCUGCAACUGCUUGGAGUAAGGACAUACUUGAGGUAUGGUUUCUGCAGGAGAUAGAGUGA